UCUCUCCCUCUCUAUCCGGCGCAGCUCAUCUCUCCGUGAAUCCCAUUAUCGUCUCAGUAUCUUCGAUCGUUUCUCCGAAUCAUCUUCAUGGAGGAAGCCAAGGCUGUGCAGGAUAGAGACCAGAAGUUCUUGUCAAAAGCGGUAGAAGAAGCAUACCAAGGAGUUGAAAAUGGUGAUGGCGGUCCAUUUGGUGCAGUUGUUGUUCAUAAGGAUGAGGUUGUUGUGAGUUGUCACAACAUGGUUCUGAAACACACAGAUCCAACUGCACAUGCAGAGGUUACAGCCAUCAGAGAGGCAUGUAAGAAGCUCAAUCAGAUUGAGCUAUCGGACUGUGAAAUAUAUGCCUCCUGCGAGCCUUGUCCGAUGUGUUUCGGUGCCAUCCAUCUUUCAAGAGUCAAGAGGUUGGUCUAUGGAGCGGAAGCUGAAGCAGCUAUAGCUAUUGGGUUCGAUGAUUUUAUUUCUGAUGCAUUGAGAGGUACUGGGUUUUAUUAGAAGGCUCAGUUGGAGAUCAAAAAGGCCGAUGGAAAUGGUGCCAUUAUUGCUGACCAAGUGUUUGAGAAAACGAAGGAAAAAUUUACCAUGUACUAACUCCUAUUGGAUAUUAAUAAGGGAAAUGAUAAAUGUGUGCCCAGUAAUUAGAUAAGGUUGAAAAAUGUGUAUUAAAAUCUGAAAAGAAUAUGUAUUUUAAGUUAAAAAAUUAGGUGCGAGAGUGUUCAUCACACAUAACAUGUGAUAUGCUGUAGUGAAUCCUUAACGAGUAUUCUUAGGACACACAUUAUCAAUACCCAAUUAAUAAUAAU